AAGAGGCCAGGGGCAUUUCAGCAAAUUCAACAUUACUCAACAGAUGAGGUGGAUAUAUAAUAGUGCUUCCUCUCCCUCGAAAACCCCUCAGUUCUCAUCUGCGCAGUCGCUAGGGUUUAUCAUUUCUCUCUGAAAAUGGCGAUUCGAUGUCUCAAGCGCGCCGUCCUCCCCACCACCAAAUCCCUGGCCGCGAUCUUCGCUAGAUCCUACACCACAGCCGCCUCGUCCUAUGGCGUCCUCAGCAGGCCCUUUUUUGUCGUCCGCCUCCGUCCUCUCGCCGGCGCCGCCGCUUGCACCUUCCAUACUCGCAUUCACUCUCCGGCGAUAUCUACCAGGGGAUUCGCGACUCGACAGACAGCGUCGUCUCUGAACGAUCAAAACCCGAACUGGACGAAUCGCCCCCCGAAGGAGACAAUUUUGCUCGAUGGUUGCGAUUUCGAGCACUGGUUGGUGGUCAUGGAACCGCCGCCGGAGAAUUCGACGCGGGACGAUAUCAUUGAUUCAUACAUCAAGACUCUUGCUUUGGUCGUUGGGAGUGAAGAAGAAGCUAGGAGGAAGAUUUAUUCAGUCUCUACUAGGUGCUACUAUGCCUUCGGAGCUCUUGUGUCGGAAGAGUUGUCUUUCAAGCUAAAAGAACUUGAAAAUGUUCGUUGGGUGCUUCCGGAUUCAUACUUGGAUGUGAAGAACAAAGAUUAUGGAGGCGAGCCAUUCAUCGACGGCAGGGCUGUGCCGUAUGACCCCAAAUACCACGACGAGUGGAUCCGAAACAACAAUCGGGCCAAUGAGAGGAACAGGCGCAAUGAUAGGCCCCGCAACUUUGACAGGUCACGCAACUUCGAGAGGAGAAAGGACAAUCUAAACAGCGGAGGAGGCCCACAGAACUAUAAUAAUGUUCGUCCACCACCACAACAAAAUGCUCCCAAUGCAGGUGGUAUGAAUGCCGGACAGGGAAACCAUCUGCCUCCAAACAGUAACACCGGAAACUACCCGCCAAGGGGACCACUGUCGCCUAACAACAGCACAGCUAACUUUCAGAACGGGCCUAACAGUGGGCCCACGGGUGGCUUUGCUCCUGAUAUGGGCCAUAACAGUAGGCCCUCAAGUGGCUUUGCUCCUGGUAUGGGGCCUGGUCAGGGCCAGAAUCAGAAUAAUGCGUAUGUGCCUCAAAAUGUGGGUGGUGGGAGCCAUUAUCAAUCCCAGAAUGCUCCGCCUCCGCAACAGAACAGGGGUUUUAGUCAGGGACAGAAUUCUGGCGGUUUUGGGCAUAAUGGAGGAUAUGGGAAUCAGAACAGUUACGGUCAGAAUCCGAACAGCUAUGGUCAGCCGCAGGGGCAGAAUCACGGAGGCUAUGGGAAUAACUAUGGGAAUAAUCCUCCGCAGAACCAGAAUGUGCCUGGGAGAGACUAUGGUAAUAAUCCUCCGCAGAACCAGAAUGUUCCUGGGAGAGACUAUGGGAAUAAUCCUCCCCAGAACCCGAAUGUUACUGGGAGAGACUAUGUAAAUGGAGUAUGA